AUGGCAGGCUCCAUCGGAAACCCGCCCGCGCCGUUUCAACCACCUCCCUAUAUGCACCCUUUCCGCCCAGCUUCUUCCAUGAGUCUCAGCAGAUUCGAUGAAGGCUACUCAGAGGACACGCGCAGUCAGAGUGGCAGCGAUCAGGUCAUGCGGACCGAUGUGCCGUUCAGCGACGGCGACCUGGAACCCGAAUCUCCCUUUCAGCUGCCCGACUGGGUCUCGAAUUUGACGGAACACCAGCGUAGCGAGUUCGCCUAUGCCAUCCUGCGAUCACUUCGCACCUCCUCCAUAGCCGGCAUAGUCGAAAAGCUGAACCCACUCCUACACCUCGAUCCUGUGUUACACCUCCCUCCCGAAAUCACCUUCCAGAUCCUCUCCUAUCUGAACCCCGAAACCCUGUUGCGCGCAUCUACUCUCUCACGAGCUUGGAGAAGUCGGGUCCUCGAUAGUCCAUUAUGGAAGCUAUUAUUCCGACUCGAAGGUUGGAACUCCAAUUUUCCCCAAGUGCGUGCAUAUGAGGAAGGAGAGAGGCAAAAGCGUGCCGAAUGCAAAGAAAAGGAGCGUAAGACGCGGCCCAGGGCUGCCGAAGACAUGGACUACGACAAGCCCUCUUCUAAGAAGCGCGUGCGUGAGCGACAACUUUUCGGUGACGGCCUCUCGUCAGAGAGCAGUAUACUCAAUACGCUAGAGCCUCUCUCCAUCAGUGGGUCUGCAGCAUCUGUCUGGGGAGAACAACAUGGAUCUGUCGAGGCCGAUGAGGGACCUGUGAUCAAGACGGAAGACAAGAUGGAGGAUGUUUCCUUUCACGAUACUUCAUCCGCAGUCAUGUCCCCGGAAAUCGCCCGGAAAUCUACACCAGCUUUUGGCGAUCUCAGAGGACCGCCUGUUCAGCCAUCGUUACUGCUCCCAGGACCAGAGCCCAAGAUAAACUGGCAAUACCUCUACAAGCACAAGAGGCGACUGGAAGACAACUGGGACGCCGGACGCUUUUCCAAUUUCCAGCUACCACACCCGAACCAUCCGGAAGAAGCGCAUACGGAGUGUGUGUAUACGAUUCAAUACUCUGGAAAAUACCUCGUCAGUGGUAGUCGAGACAAGACCAUACGCAUAUGGAAUCUCGAAAACUUGCGCCUCGUACACGCACCGCUCGUUGGACACACUGCUUCCGUCUUGUGCCUGCAAUUUGACGAGCGGCCUGAACAGGACAUUGUGGUUUCAGGUGGCAGUGAUUGCCGGGUCAUUCUAUGGCAGUUCUCAACGGGACGCAUCGUAAAGGAAAUUGAAAAGGCUCAUUCCGAAUCGGUGUUGAAUUUGAGGUUCGACGAUCGCUUCCUCGUCACCUGCUCCAAGGAUAAGACGAUCAAAGUGUGGAAUCGCAAGGAGAUGUGGCCUACGGAUGAUAACUACCCUUCGUCUACAGUGAAGUCUGGAGCUCGAUUUCCUUCUUACAUCAUCAACAUGCAGGAACAAGUGGAGAAGCAGCACCUGCACUUCAAGCCACUGCUUCCGUAUAGUCUGAUUAUGACUCUGGAGGGUCAUGGUGCAGCUGUCAACGCUAUCCAAAUUCUCGAUGGACAGAUUGUCUCUGCUUCCGGCGACAGGAGCGUUAAAGUCUGGGAUAUUCGGACCGGAGCCUGCACGCGAACAUUCUCUGGACACAGCAAGGGCAUAGCUUGUGUUCAAUUUGAUGGUCGACGGAUAGUCAGUGGCAGCUCCGACGAGACUGUACGCAUCUUUGACCGUGCUACCGGUGCUGAGGUCGCCUGCCUAAAUGGUCACACCAACCUUGUACGGACCGUGCAAGCCCAGUUCGGAGAUCUGCCUGGCAACGAAGAAGAGCUCGAGGCCGAGGCCAGGGCUGUCGAUCGAAAUUUCUUCGAAGCACAAAGUAGAGGUCUAGUCUCUUCAGACUUAUCACGUACACAACGGCGCGCCCGCAACGCCGGCUCCCGGGAUCCGAGAGCUAUUUUUGCUUAUGGAGCCAAGCUACCACCUGGUGGAGGAGGCAGUAAAUGGGCGAGAAUUGUCUCUGGCUCCUACGAUGAGACCGUCAUCAUCUGGAAACGAGGAGCAGAUGGUGCCUGGGAAAAGUCAAAGACACUGUAUCAGAACGAUGCUGUUCGAGCAGCAGGAGGCCGCCCGCGACGACCUGUUACCCAAGCUGCAACCAAUAACGCAGCAGUCAACCAGGCAAACAACCCUGCGUCAAAUCUGCCAGCCACCGGACAACCCAGCAACUUUCAAGCGCUUGCUCAACAAGCCCAGGUGCAAGCUCAAGCCGCUCACAAUCUCGCCCAACAGGCACAGGCCCUUCAUGUUGCCUCUCAGGCCGCCCACAGCUCCGCUGCCUCCACUGCGACGAAUGCUUCUGCCACCAGCGCGGCCGUUCAGAUACCCGCUAAUCCUCUUCAAGCUACAAGUUCCUUGACGACUGCACAGCAAGGGGGGGCACCCAUCAACCCUGCACCACAUCAUCACCAUCAUCACCACCACCAUGCGCCUCAUCCGCUUGCACCGCCAAUCAAUACACAAGGCACUAACAGCAGGGUCUUCAAGUUACAAUUCGACGCUCGUAGAAUUAUCUGCUGUAGUCAAGAUCCGACGAUUGUAGGAUGGGACUUUGCGAAUAAUGACAAGGACAUCAUCAUGGCUAGUCAGUUCUUUGGAGAUUCCUACUGA